AUGGGAUCCGUGAGGCGACCGGACGGCUACGGUGGGUUCUCUGUAUCGUGUGAUGUACGGCAGGAUCUAACGCCAGUGCCUCCUGGACACGGCAACCCCUCGAUGCUGCUGAAGGAGGCUGUCCCCUCCCUUCUCCACCGAGCAAGGGGCGUGGUGAUGGCUCGGUGGCCGUUGUUUGAUUGA